AGACCAUGACAGAUGACUCGCCCGGACUCCGCAUCCCAUCUAGCGGGUGCGUUGUUGGUUGCCAUCGAUCGACACAGCUAUCCUUGAGGCUGAACCGGUUGGCUCUUCGCACAUUCUAGGCCAACCAAGUCCUGACAGGCCCUGAUGCGCAGAUCAUAGGCGCGCGGCAUGCGAAUGCUGUGGGACUGGUCAUCGCAGACCGUCUGUAAGGAGAGGGGGGACGAGCAUAUAAACGACUCUCGGUUCCGGCCAGCAAUUCCCAUAUCUCAGAAGUCGGCCUUGACCCCUUCCGAGCGUCCCAAUUAGCGGCAGGGUGUUGUUGCAAUGGUCAAGUUCCUGGAGGCUCUCACCAUGCCCAACGUCGAGAUCAAUGCCGACGCAACCGUCCCAAGUCCCAAUACUAUCGUCCAAACCAACAUUUUCCCCGCCAACUGGCGGCCCGAAGAUCUGUGCAUCUCGAAUGAGGAGACGUUGGAGGACCUGCUGCGCAGGUUCGUCAGUCCCGAGGUGGAUUACACGCUGGAGAGGCAAGAGGGCGCCUGUCACUUUGGCUGCGGGUCCCGAUACGCGACAGGAUUAAGCACGACUGAUCCGUGGUCUCGGACAAACACGUCGACGACGAUGGAGCCUCUCUGAAUGUGCUUCCGGGUGACACCAAGCUCAACUCUAAAUGGGGACCAGAAAUGGUCAACGAACCGGCGCACUACGUGGAAUGGCAAAGAGUGCUCGCGCAAAUUGUGAACUACAUGGCCUCCUGCCACCGGAGGUACAGCUUCAUCAUCACGGACAAUAUCCUGGGCGCUUUGAGGAUCACCCGCUGCCGGACCGAGGCAGCAGGGGCUAAUUACAGGACGCCCGUUUCGGGCGGCGGCGGCUGCGGGGGCUGCGCUCUAUCAAACGCAGCUGGCCGACGUGUCGUUGACAUCUGGUUCGACAUUCUACUAU